GCUGUUCUCUGAAGACGCACGCUCGCUCUCUUUCUCUCUCUCUCUCUCUCGCUCUCUCUCUCUCUCGCUCCCUCUCUCUCUCUCUCGCUCAGAAGCUCAGAACUGCACUGACAGGAUGAAGCUGUUGGUCCUGGCGGCUGCCCUGCUGGCCGUAGCCAGCGCCGCCACCAUAUCCCUGGAGGACCUGGAGUUCCACGCCUGGAAACUCAAAUUCGAGAAGAUCUACGGCUCGUCUGAAGAGGAGGCCCAGCGUAAACUCACCUGGCUCUCCAACCGCAAGCUCGUCAUCGUGCACAACAUGCUGGCCGAUCAGGGCAUCAAGUCCUACCGGCUCGGCAUGACCUAUUUCGCCGAUAUGGACAACCAGGAGUACCGGAACGCGGUCUUCCGCGGCUGCCUGGGUUCCUUCAACACCACCAUGGCUGGCCGCAGCGGCAGUACGUUCCUCCGGCAGGCAGGGGGCGCCGAUUCCCCCUCGGAGGUGGACUGGAGGCAGAAGGGCUACGUCACCGACGUCAAGGACCAGAAGCAGUGCGGCUCCUGCUGGGCCUUCAGCACGACGGGCUCCCUGGAGGGGCAGAACUUCCGUAAGACGCAGAAGCUGGUGUCGCUCAGCGAGCAGCAGCUGGUGGACUGCUCCGGGGACUUUGGCAACGAGGGGUGCGGGGGCGGGCUGAUGGACUGGGCCUUCAAGUACAUCAUUGCCAACGGGGGCAUCGACACUGAGGAGUCCUACCCCUACGAGGCCACGGACGGAAAGUGCCGCUUCAAGCCUGACAGCAUCGGUGCCACCUGCACCGGGUACGUGGACGUAAGCCCCAUGGAGGAGGGGGCCUUGCAGGAGGCCGUGGCCACGAUCGGACCCGUGUCCGUCGCCAUCGACGCCGGGCACUUCUCCUUCCAGCUCUACACGUCCGGCAUCUACGACGAGCCCGAGUGUAGCAGCACAGACCUGGAUCACGGCGUGCUGGCGGUGGGGUACGGCACGGACAAAGGGCAGGACUACUGGCUGGUGAAGAACAGGUACGCCCGCCCGGACUAGUGCAUCCAAGGUAUACGGGUCAACGGGGGACAUCCGGAUGUAGAGGUUAACAGGGAUAUCCAGGUGUUUAGGUAAAUCCAGGUUCAGAGGUUAACAGGGAUAUCCAGGUGUUUAGGUAAAUCCAGGUUCAGAGGUUAACAGGGAUAUCUAGGUGUUAUGGUAAAUCCAGGUGUAGAGGUUAACAGGGAUAUCCAGGUGUUUAGGUAAAUCCAGCUUCAGAGGUUAACAGGGAUAUCUAGGUGUUUAGGUAAAUCCAAGUGUAGAGGUUAGCAGGGAUAUCCAGGAGUUUAGGUAAAUCCAGGUGUAGAGGUUAACAGGGAUAUCCAGGUGUUUAGGUAAAUCCAGGUUCAGAGGUUAACAGGGAUAUCUAGGUGUUUAGGUAAAUCCAGGUGUAGAGGUUAACAAGGAUAUCCAGGUGUUUAGGUAAAUCCAGGUUCAGAGGUUAACAGGGAUAUCUAGGUGUUUAGGUAAAUCCAAGUGUAGAGGUUAACAGGGAUAUCCAGGUUUUUAGAUUAAUCCAGGUAUGCAGUGUUACUGUAUGUCUCAAAAAGCCACCAGAGUUUCAAGAACAAGGGUGAGCGAAAAUGGACACAACACAACUACACGACAGUGCAAUCAGGAACCCAGUGCACCAGCAAUCUGGGAGCAAAAAAUGCAAACAAGCAAUAACGUGUGUGUGUGUGUCUGUGUGUGUGUGUGUGUGUGUGCGUGUACAGCUGGGGCCUUGACUGGGGUGACGAGGGGUACAUCAAGAUGUCCAGGAACAAGAA